AUGGUUGAGCUGGAGAAGGAUGUGCUGCCGCUGCCUCCUCGGUACCGGUUUCGAGACCUGUUGCUCGGGGAUUGGCAGGCGGAUGACAGAGUCCAAGUGGAGUUCUAUGUGAAUGAAAACACGUUCAAGGAGCGCCUCAAAUUGUUCUUCAUCAAAAACCAAAGAUCCAGUAAAGUGCUGUUAGAUAACCCAGAAGAAGCAAGACAAGGCUGUGUGAACGGAGUCAACUGUACCAAAGUGAACGCGUCAUUUCAGCGCUGGAAUGAGUUUGACUGGAAGCUAAUCCUCUGGGUGGACAGACCUCUGCCUCUGUGGGCCUUGCAGGUGCUCGUGGCUUUCAUCAGCUUCUUGGAGACGAUGUUGCUGGUGUAUUUAAGCUAUAAGGGCAACGUCUGGGAACAAGUCCUGCGCGUCCCGUUCAUUCUGGAGAUGAUCAGCGCCAUUCCCUUCAUGAUCACUGUGAUUUUACCCUCCUUUAGAAAUCUUUUCAUCCCAGUAUUUCUCAAUUGCUGGCUGGCCAAACAUGCUCUGGAGAACAUGAUAAACGACCUCCACAGGGCGAUCCAGCGCACGCACUCAGCCAUGUUUAAUCAGGUGGUGAUCCUCAUCAGCACAUUGGUCUGCCUGAUGUUUACAUGUAUUUGUGGAAUACAACACCUGGAGCGAGCGGGGAAUAACCUGACACUUUUCGAAUCGCUCUACUUUUGUGUGGUUACAUUUUCCACGGUGGGAUUUGGAGACGUCACGCCUCAGAUCUGGCCCUCACAGCUUCUGGUGGUCAUAAUGAUCUUUGUGGCUCUCAUUGUCCUGCCAAUCCAGUUCGAACAGCUGGCAUUUCUGUGGAUGGAGAGACAGAAGUCUGGAGGAAACUACAGCCGCUACCGAGCGCAGACCGAGAAGCACGUGGUCCUUUGUGUGAGCUGCCUGAAGAUCGACCUGCUCAUGGACUUCCUCAAUGAGUUCUUCGCACAUCCGCGGCUCCAGGAUUACUAUGUGGUGAUCCUGUGUCCGGCGGAGAUGGAUGUCCAAGUGAGGCGGGUGCUUCACGUCCCACUUUGGGCCCAGAGAGUCAUCUACCUUCAAGGCUCCGCUCUGAAGGACCAGGACCUCAUGAGAGCAAAGAUGGACGAUGCUGAGGCCUGCUUUAUCCUCAGCAAUCGCUUCGAAGUGGAUCGUAUCGCGGCUGAUCACCAGACAAUUCUCCGAGCUUGGGCGGUGAAGGACUUCGCUCCAAAUUGCCCCCUCUAUGUGCAGAUCCUCAAACCGGAGAACAAGUUUCAUGUCAAAUUUGCAGAUUGUGACCUGGGUCGCGCUGUCCUUCUGGUGUCUGCAGAUCAUGUGGUGUGCGAGGAGGAGUUUAAAUAUGCCAUGCUGGCCCUGAACUGUGUGUGUCCAGGCACCUCCACCCUCAUCACGCUGCUCAUCCACUCCUCCAGAGGACAGGAGAGUGGGGUGUCUUCGGCUGAUCAAUGGCAUCGCACGUACCGCCGCUGCUCCGCCAACGAGGUGCACCACAUCCGCCUGGAGGAGAGCAAAUUCUUUGGGGAAUAUCACGGCAAGAGCUUCACCUUUGCAUCUUUCCAUGCACACAAAAAAUAUGGGGUGUGUUUGAUAGGCGUGCGGAGACUCGACACCACCAACAUCCUGCUGAACCCCGGGCCGUGCCACAUCAUGGGCGCAUCUGACACAUGUUUUUAUAUCAACAUUUCCAAAGAAGAAAACUCUGCGUUCGUGCGGGGUCACAGAGAGCCGUCCUGGGGCAGCGGAGGGGGAAACGGGAGAGGGGUCCACCCAAGCAUCUACCACGGACUCACCCGCCUGCCGGUCCACAGCAUCAUCGCCAGCAUGGGCACCGUGGCCAUUGACCUCCAUGACUCCAGUGACAGCAGUCCAGAGGGUCAGGACGUGGGCACAGGGAGCAGAAGCAGCUCCAGGACUGAGAUGAGUGGGACGAACACUCUGGCACUGCCCGCCAUGGGGGAGUCUGUGGAGGAGAGGAGGCACAGUAUUGCCCCCGUCCUGGAGCUGGUGGACGGUGUCAGCCACCCCACAUUUGACCUGCUGGGGGACCAGUCUGAGGACGAGGGGGGAGACGACAGCAAAGAAGACAGCGACAGAGAGGAGAGCCCACACUGGUGGACACGGCACUGCGAAUGGGUGAAAGGAUAUCCUCUGAACUCCCCGUACAUCGGCAGCUCACCUGCACUGUGCCAUCUCCUUCAGGAAAAGAUGCCUUUCUGUUGUCUGCGCUUGGACAAAGCCUGUCACCACAUCCCCUUUGAGGACGCUCGCUCCUACGGCUUCAAAAACAAACUGAUCAUUGUGUCGGCGGAGAGUGCGGGGAACGGCCUGUAUAACUUCAUUGUGCCUCUGCGUGCCUACUACAGGCCCAGGAAGGAGCUCAACCCCAUCGUACUGCUGUUGGAGGGCAUACCUGAAGCAGACUUCCUGGAGGCAAUAUGCUGGUUCCCUAUGGUCUUCUACACAGUGGGUUCCAUUGACAAUCUGGACAGCUUGUUGAGGUGCGGGGUCACGUUUGCUGACACUAUGGUGGUGGUGGACAAGGAGAGCUCCAUGAUCGCCGAGGAGGACUACAUGGCAGACGCCAAGACGAUUGUCAAUGUGCAGACACUGUUCAGAUUGUUUCCAGCUCUCAGCAUCAUCACGGAGCUCACACAUCCAGCCAACAUGCGCUUCAUGCAGUUCAAAGUCAAAGACUAUUAUUCUCUGGCUCUGUCCAAACUGGAGAAGAAGGAAAGAGAAAAGGGCUCAAAUUUGGUGUUCAUGUUCCGCUUGCCCUUCGCUGCAGGGAAAGUCUUCAGUGUCAGCAUGUUGGACACUCUGCUGUACCAGUCUUUUGUAAAGGACUACAUGAUCUCCAUUGCCAGACUGCUCCUCGGCCUGGACUCCAUGCCUGGAUCAGGAUUCCUAUGUGCUAUGAAAAUUACAGAAGAUGAUCUAUGGAUAAGAACGUACGGACGUCUCUACCAGAAACUGUGCUCCUCCACAGGCGACAUUCCCAUUGGGAUUUACAGGACGGAAGCACACAAGCUGUCAGUGUCCGAGUCCCAAGUGUCCAUCACUGUGGAGGACUACGAGGACACGAGGGAGAGCAGGGAGCCGCUUCUGUCAGGGUCCCACCGAAACUCCACCUCCUCCGAGCCCAUCUCCUCCUCGUCCCACAGCUCGGACCACCCCCUGCUGCGGAGGAAGAGCAUGCAGUGGGCUCGCAGACUGAGCCGGAAAGGAGGAAGGACAUCCAGCGCAGCCAAGGGGGGUCCGGGGAGCGCGGCGGAGAGGAUCAGCCAGCAAAGACUGACGCUGUUCAGACGCUCCGAGAGACAAGAGCUCAACUCCUUAGUCCGGACCAGGAUGAAGCACCUGGGCCUGUCGCCGAUCGGAUUCAAUGGGAUGACCGAUCAGGGAAACAGACUUUCUUAUAUACUCAUCAACCCUUCUCCUGACACGAGACUGGAGCUGCAUGACGUUGUAUAUCUCAUCAGACCAGAUCCCCUGUCCGUGGUCCCCACUCAGGGAAACAGCCGGAAGUGCAGCGCGGGCCUCUCCGACAGCCACCGCUUUGAUACACAGGACAGCACCCAUCUGUGA